CCCCAACGAUGAAAGCAGAUCACCUCACCCGCAAUGCAUCACCGUGCCGUGCGCGACCGCCACCCGCCAUCCCCAAGUCAUCCCCAGAAGCAGGCUCAUCACCACCCCCACCGGCAGAGGUAUCCGCAUCAUUGGCUCCGGCGGCUGAACGCGAGUGUCAGAUACGUACCGCGGCAUACACACCAUCGCCAUCUACGUCCACAUCAAGAUCAGUCCAACCACCAAGCCGGGGCACAUGGCCCUCCAAAAUCCGCGCCCUCCACUUCACCCGCCUCGUCUACGCCACCUCCCGCCCACACACAGCGCGGACACCCCACCGCUUCCUCACCCGCCUCCUGCGCCGCCGCGGCGAAAUCGAGCGCGAGCUCGGCCGCGACGCGUUCGUGGGGAUGUGGCGGCGGUGGCGGGUGUUGGGGCGGUGUCUCGAGGCGUGGGUGGGCGGUAUGGAUGGGGGGCUACCGGACGCUUGAGAAAUGGCUCAUGACGCAGACUAGGAGGGGAUCGUAAGGGCAGAAGACAAGAGACCCCGCGGUGCUUCAACUUUUUUUUGGGACUGUUUUGUAUGUACAGGAAACAUGGACGCGGGAGGGGGAGGGGAUGAUAGAUUUACAAGUUUGGAAGGCCGUGUGAUGGGGGGGGGGGGGGGGGG